AUUGGAACUUUCUACGGCCAGGAAAGACUGAUGUUUCCUGCUUCUCUCUCACUUGUCAGACGCCUGUGGGCUGCAAGAAAUCACACUUUCAGUUUUGGGGGUUUGGGGGCUUUUGUCCAAAUUAGAGCGGGGUAAAUGUUAGGUACAGUGACAGAUUAAAUGCUGUAGAGCGAAACAUCCCCACUGGAACUACGAAGUAGAUGAAUACCGCAUCUAGAUACUGUAAGCAGUGACCCAGAAUGGGGAUGGGCCAGUUGUAUACUUGAAGUCUUAUCCUGGAGGACCCAUUACUUUCCGACCCUGCACCUUUAAAUGCCGACAGCCUCCAAGAUGGAGGAGCAGUCCAGUCUCCCCAACGUCAGCAUACCCUGCCACAAUGAGCAGAGGGACAAGAAAAAGCGUUACACAGUUUACAAAGUGAUAGUCUCUGUCGGACAACAGGAAUGGUUUGUCUUCAGACGAUAUGCAGAGUUUGACAAACUCUACAACACAUUAAGAAAACAGUUUCCCUCUAUGAACUUGAAAAUUCCAGCCAAGAGGAUAUUUGGAGAUAAUUUUGAUCCUGAGUUCAUCAAGCAAAGAAGAGCAGGGUUGCAUGAGUUCAUCAAGCGAAUUGUCUCACAUCCUCAGCUUUGCAACCACCCAGAUGUGAGGACCUUUCUGCUGAUGGACAAAAUGCAAAACUUCUCAGAUGCCUCUGAGGAUGAAGAUGACAAAAACAACUCUACCUCCAGAAACAUUAACCUGGGACCCUCUGGAAAUCCACAUGCCAAACCCACAGACUUUGACUUUUUAAAGGUCAUAGGAAAGGGGAGUUUUGGGAAGGUUUUCCUUGCAAAACGAAAACAUGAUGAAAAGUAUUAUGCAGUCAAGGUCUUACAGAAAAAGGUCAUUCUCAACAGAAAAGAGCAAAAGCACAUCAUGGCAGAGCGCAACGUGCUGCUAAAGAAUGUGAAACACCCUUUUCUGGUUGGGCUUCAUUAUUCCUUCCAGACCACAGACAAGUUAUACUUCGUCUUGGAUUUCAUCAAUGGAGGAGAACUUUUCUUCCAUCUUCAAAAAGAGCGGACCUUUCCAGAACCCAGAGCAAAAUUUUACAUUGCUGAAAUGGCAAGUGCACUGGGAUAUCUGCAUUCCCUCAACAUUGUUUACAGAGACUUGAAGCCAGAAAACAUCCUCCUUGACCAAGAAGGGCAUAUCGUUUUGACAGACUUUGGAUUGUGCAAGGAAGGCAUUUCCCAGACAGAUACCACCACUACAUUUUGUGGAACACCUGAGUACUUGGCUCCAGAGGUCCUGAGGAAGCAGCCGUAUGAUAAUACAGUAGACUGGUGGUGUCUGGGUUCAGUGCUGUAUGAAAUGCUCUUUGGCCUGCCUCCAUUCUACAGCAGGGACACACACGAGAUGUAUGACAACAUCCUCCACAAGCCACUGGCGAUGCGUCCUGGUGCGUCCAGCACCGCCUGGUCUCUACUCCAAGGCCUGCUAGAGAAAGACGGCACACACAGACUGGGGUCCAGGGAUGACUUUAAUGAGAUCAAAGCACACAGCUUCUUUGCCUCCAUCAACUGGGAUGACCUUGAACAAAAGAAGAUCCCUCCUCCAUUCAAACCCAAAGUGAACUCUUACUGUGAUAUCUCAAACUUCGAUCCAGAGUUCACAGAAGAGAUGGUCUCCAGCUCCAUCUGUUGGUCUCAAGAACAUUCCAUAGUCAACGCCAGUGUAAUGGAGGCCGAUGAUGCCUUUGUGGGCUUCUCUUACGCCCCACCUUCUGACGACUCUUUCCAGUGAAACAUUCCCAAUGAGGUCUUCAAAUGCCUUUAACCAUUGUAACUUCUUUUGAUUAAAGGGAAGAAAUUUAUAACAUGGAUGAUCCUUGUUCUAUGAAGCCAAAGCAAACAGCUGAGAAGAAACAGCACUAAAAAAACUGAUUUUGGUUGGAGCAAAGAGUGCCAGAAAAGUCUUUAUUUUUACCUAUUUGUAUUUAUAUGAAUAUAUAUAUAAAUAACAGAUGAUAUUUUUAAGAAUUAAGGACAGUCAUUCUCUAUUAAUGUAAUUUCUGGUGGUUUCUAAAACGAGCCUUUAUAAAGCCUUAAAAUUGUCCCUGAAAUGACAUCACUAAGUAGUUUUCUGAAAAACUUGAACAGUUCACUGGACUAAAAAUGACACCAUUUGACUGUUGAUUGGAAGGGUGUUUGUCCAUGUAAUUACUGUAAAAAUACUCUCAUGUAUCAUAUUCAUAUUAACUAAGCUGGAAAUAGGGAUUACUUGAGAGACCGCUGAAUUAAGCAGUUUGGUUUAUAGGUCACAUUUGUAAAAAAAAAAAAAUUAAGUCUUCUUCUUUUUAAGUUACCUUUCAGUUUGUCUCGGCGAGCACUGAGUGAAUUGUUUUUUUUAUUGGAUUGUUUGUGUUUAUUUUUGUGCUAUUUUUUGCCUUAACAUUUAUUCAUAAUAGCAGAACUUUAAAUUCCACAAUGCUUUGCUUCACCUGGCAAUUUAGUAGUCCUGUAUUCCAACACAGUAAUAAAAAAUCAAAGAAG